UAAUCAGAACGUGUGAAUAAAUUGAUUUACAUUCCCAGAUGUUGAUUUUCAGAACCGGACGGGUGUCUGUUAUGAUUCGAUUUCAAAUCCAAACUCAACCUGCAUGUUUUCCGCAAUAACGCUCUCAUGGAUUUAUACCGUCGUAAAUUCCAGACUGUUUUCACACCAGGUUGUUUUGGUAGGAAACAUCUAUUAUCCUAUUAUCACCAAGAUGCCAAUGUCGGCGAUGUGUGAAGAAGUAUUUACAUGACUAUAUAGGCUCGGCUCCUGCAAGACUUUAUGGCUUUUUCGUCACCGUGUGCCCUGUGGGACACUGGUGCCAUUUCCCAAACCUGGAGGGGAAAAAAGAGGGGGAGGAAAAACAUCACCUUGUAGGCUACGCGCAUCGUUUCAAAUCUUGUAAUCUAAUUAGUGUAUUCUCCAUCGUCUGUGUAUUAUAAAUAUUUGCGAGGGAUAUUUCCAGGAUAUUGAAUUUCAAUGCGAACUUAUAAAGUCAUGACACGUCGUCACUUGGUGGGAAAGGGCCCGGGACCAGAUCGAUGCAGGUGAAUUCAUGAGGGGUUGUUGAAGUGUCUGCGUUCUCUCUUUGAAGUGCACUUGUGCGCGGACGGCUCCUAUUUGUCUACAGGCCGAGACCAUCACCGUCGUCUUUUUCACAGUGGACCGUUACAUGUUCGACAAACGUGUCAAUCAAAGGGUCCACCACCAUAUAAAUAAAAUCAGCGUGGAGGUCGGGGGUACUCUUCUCUUUUCGCUUCUCUCAUCUGGGACUCGUAUAAACCCACGUUAGCACUUCAAUCACCGCGAUGGGAGCCUUGACGCUGCUUACCGUGACGGUUCUCUACACGAGUUGUGUUUUGCAGUCCGCAUCCACUUGGACGGUGAAUAAUUUCCUCAUGACUGGACCAAAGGCUUUUCUUACCUACGCUGGCAGCGUGCAAGUGGGCGCGCAGAGUGGAAUACAAGAGUGCAAACACCAGUUUGCUUGGGACAGAUGGAACUGUCCACAGAGUACGCUUCAGCUAUCCACACAUAACGGCCACCGAAUCGCUACAAAAGAGACAUCCUUUGUCCAUGCCAUCAGCGCCGCAGGGGUGAUGCAUACUCUCACGAAGAACUGCAGCAUGGGAGACUUUGACAACUGCGGCUGUGAUGACUCCAGAAUAGGACAGACAGGAGGCAGAGGGUGGAUUUGGGGAGGCUGCAGUGAUAACGUGGCGUUUGGAGAAAAGAUCUCCAAACAGUUUGUGGACGCAUUGGAAGAUGGUCACGACUUUCGUGCUGCGGUCAACCUGCAUAACAACGAAGCCGGGAGAUUGGCAAUCAAAGCCACCAUGAGGAGAGCCUGCAAAUGCCACGGAGUGUCCGGAAGCUGCAGCAUCCAAACAUGUUGGAUGCAGCUGGCCGACUUCAGGGAGGUGGGCGCUUACCUGAAAAAUAAGCAUUCUCAAGCCAAGAAGUUGGAAGUAGACAAGAGGCCGCUGAAGGCUGGCAACAGCGCAGAUAACAGAGGCGCCAUUACGCACGCCUUCCGCAACAUCCCGCGGACGGAGCUCAUUUUCUUCGAGGACUCCCCGGACUACUGCGUCAGGAACCGCAGCCUCGGCUACGAGGGCACCGAGGGACGGGAGUGUCUGAAGGGGGACAAAAGCAUGCGGCGGUGGGAAAGAAAAAGCUGUCGCAGGCUGUGCUACGAAUGCGGCCUCCGAGUGGCGGAGAAGCGCACCGAAGUCGUCAGCAGCUGUAAUUGCAAAUUCCACUGGUGCUGCACGGUGAAAUGUGACAGAUGCACGCACGUCGUUACGAAAUACUACUGCGCGCCUAAGGAAAGGGCCAGAAAAACACACAACAAAGCAAAACGAAAACACCGCCAGCGUGGACGCUGAUUGGCACCUUCGCGCCGCACGGGUGUGGUUUUCUGAACCUAAUAUGCUCCGUAUGCUGUCGAAUUGCACUUCAUGUAAUACACUGGAUUUUAAAGACCAAUCACUGUUAAAAAAAAAACAAGGAAAAAAACGCUGUGCUUGUUGAGCAUACCUGAUCAAUUUUCUCUCCAAACUGUGAUGUUGUAUAUUAAAAUGACUUCAUAAAAUAUUUUGUUUUUUAUAAUAUGAAAUGAACACGUCUUUUUUG